AUGACGCAGCUCUCCUCCGCCACGGUUAAGCUCGUAGAGAUGCCAAAAGACAUGGAGAACUAUGCAAUUCACUGCGCACAGGAUGGAUUCUCAAAGCUUUACACCGAAAAAGAUGUUGCAUCAUACAUCAAAAAUGAGUUUGAUAAGAAGUACGGCCCCACAUGGAAUUGUUUUGUUGGACGCAAUUUUGGCAGCUAUGUUACCCACGAGACGAAUCACUACAUUUACUUUUACAUGGGGCAAAUGGGAGUGCUCUUGUUCAAGUCUUCGUAG